AUGGGGGGUCGCGGCGACGCUUCUCCGGCCCGGAUCUCGGCGCCGUUCGGGGCGACGCUGCGCACGGGCGCCCCGUCUACUGAGGAGCAAUGUCGAGAGUCCCUUUCUGCGACUGAGAUGGGCCUCGCAGCUUUAGUUCCGAAGGGCGUGGAGAUGUUCUGCCCGCCGCCCGGAGCCAUGAACCAGCAGUGUCGCGUGUGCGGCGAGCCGGCUGCCGGCUUCCACUUCGGGGCCUUCACGUGCGAGGGAUGCAAGUUCGUUCUUCGGGCGACGUACAACAACGUGUCGUCCCGGUCGGGAGUGCAAGAACGGCGGCCGUUGCGUCAUCAACAAGAAACCGGACAGCGUGCAAGGCCUGCCGCCUGCGCAAGUGCCUGCUCGUCGCAUGUCCAAGAGCGGAUCCGGUACGGCCGUCGCUCCAACUGGUUCAAGAUCCACUGCCUGCUGGAGGACCGGCGCUCGUCCGCGGCAGGAGAGCUGGGCGGGUCGGGGGCCUCCGGGUGCUGGGGCGGCCCUGGCACCAGCGACGACGAGGGCGACCCCAUCGACGUGUGCGGCCCCCCGGAGGUGCCUCGCGGGUCGCCGCCCCCCGCCCGCACCUCCCCCGCGCUCAGCAGCCCCGACUCACACGCGUCAGACAACUCGGUGGAGGCGUCCCUGAAGGAGGCAUCGCUCGCCGCGCCCGUCGGGGUCGCCCUGAAGGCCGCGGCGCCUCCGUCGGACGUGCCAAUGGAUCUGUCGGUGCGAUCCAGCGCCGCGUCUCCGCCCGACGCCGGAGCCGACCACGACAUCCUGGACUUGUCCCUCAAGACCCGACAGGACCCGAAGGAGGAGGUCGAGUCCGCGGAGCCCGAGAAGGAGAACUCCCACGAGACGCCAGAGCGGCCGACGGCCUCCGCCCCCGGGGUGGCCGUAGGGAUGGGGGGGUCCUGCGCCCUCACGCCCCUGAACCUCGCCCUCCACCUCCAGCCGCGGGCGCGCUCCGUCUCCUAG